AUGGCCAGCAGCUCCAAGAAGGCCUCCCGCCGCACGCCGUCCCUGCCGUGGACGGUGCGCAUCAAGGCAGCCGUCCUCGCGGCGGCACACCGCCUAGACGGCAGUAUCCGGCGCCCCGUUGUCUUCCUCGGCGACCUCAAGGCGGGCACCACGCCCAGCACGAACAACGCCUCGGACGUCCGAUCCGCCGACGUCACCAUUGACGCCUCCCGCGGCCUCUGGGCACGCGUGUUCUGCCCCUCGGCGCCGAUCGCUGACGCCGCCCCGCUCCCCGUCUUUGUCUACUUCCACGGCGGCGGGUUCGUGCUCUUCUCCCCGUCGUCCCGCCCCUACCUCCGGGCCGUCGUCGUGUCCGUCAACUUCCGCCUCGCCCCCAAGCAUCGUUUCCGGGCAGCGUACAACGACGGCGUCGCCGCGCUCCGUUACCUCGACGAGAACCAGACCCCACUGCCGGCCGACCUCGUACCGGUCCACGCCGUCGACCUCUCUAGCUGCUUCCUCAUUGGCGACAGCUCGGGGGCCAACAUGGUUCACCACGUCGCCCAGCGUUGGGCGUCGUCCUCGUCCAUGUCGUCGGCGACGGCGUUACCACCACCUCCCCUGCGCAUGCGUCUCCGCCUGGCCGGGGCCGUCCUCAUACAGCCGUUCUUCGGCGGGGAGGAGCGCACGGAGGCUGAAGCUGGCCUUGGACAAGGCCUGCCGCAUAUUGACGGUGGCUCGAGCUGA